AUGGCUGGUGCGCCACCCGAACCCUCUUCUUCGAAACCAUCAUCCCAAGGAGCUAUAGUCACUGCGCUAUGUGUAGCUCUAGCUAUUUUGAUAUUCUUCGCAGCACUUCGUGUGCGACGAGCAGCUGCUCUAUCCAUGAUUCGCGAAACUGGGCCAAGGAAAAGGCUACCAACCAACAGAGUCGACUCAAUUCCUCUUAUCAAGUACACUGAUGCCAGAAAGAGAUACCUCAAAAAUAAUACUACCCAUACCCUCUUAACCGCUGAACUACCAGGAAUCCCACCAAGAAGCGACCCGACUACGCUUCGUGUUUCCGGCCCAAACGCGUCCAGAACACCGGUAAACCCGACCAUACAACAGCGCUGGAAGAAAUUCUUCCCAGGGUUAUCAAAUACUCCCCAACCAACAACUCGAGACAUUCAACAAUCCUGUCCAACCUGCACCGAAGACUUCCUAAAUGAUGAUAACGUUCGAUGGUUACCCUGUGGACAUAUAUUUCAUCCACGGUGUAUCGAUCCAUGGUUCAAGGGCUCCGCAGUCACUUGCCCUCUAUGGCAGGUGCCCCAGUUGUGUAAGAGAGACAUUGUACUGACUCAAGACCUCGUCCCUUCUAGUCGCUUUGAUGUCAGCACGGCUCUGGUGGAUGACAGCCUACAGAGACCCCCAAGAGCACGAAUCUCUACCUUCGGUUCACAGCGAGUAUGA